CGUGCGUACCACAUUUGAUAUUUUCUCUCUUUUUCUUUUUCUUUUUCUUUUCUUGUUCCUUUGUUUGUCUGUUUGUUUUCUUCUCCAUCUCAAUUAACAUCUGUCAUUCCCAAUCCCACAACCAUAAGAUUCUAUAUUCAUCCGUUCCUUUUCCAAAUUAUAAAGUAUAUACCCCUUUUCCCCCUAUUUCAUAAUUUCAUGGCUUGGCUUCCAUUGCUGCUGGGUGGAUCCACCCUUUUGUUGAUCUCCUGAGACGUAGGAACGCGAAGUGGUUUGACUUUUCUUUCUGAAGCUAGAAGUUUAGGUUUGAAAACAGGGGGAGGAAUAAUUUGUUGAAUGUUCAGACAAUGUGGUGGAAGGUUCGGGGAGAGAUUACUGUGAUUUGGAUGCUCAGAGAUUGAGGCUUUUUUUUCUUCUUUUUUCUCUUGGUGUUUCAUGGGAUAUAUUGGGUUUCAAGGGAUUUUGGUUUUGAUGGAGAUGAGAUUAUUGGUUGAAACGAUCUUGUUCUUGAUCGAUCUUCACAGCUUUGAUUAGCUCUUGCUGAAGAAGAAGAGUUUCUGUUGAUUCCUGUUUUCCUAAUUGUGAUUUGGGAUUCUGGAGCUGUAUGAUUCAGAAUAAUUUGUCUCACAAUUACACUUUUGAGUUCAAGCCUUCUUCUCAUCUGGUGAAGCAGAAGAAGAAAACCAAUAAGGUUUUUGAGUACGAGAUCGGUUAGUUUCUUUGUUUUCAACCUUUAGAAAAACUAUGGAGGAAGAUCCUAAUUCUUGGUUAAGAAGAACUAAUUUUUCUCACACAAUAUGCUAUCGAUUAGAGUCCUUAAGUUUGGCUUCCUUUCCUGUCACCACUCAGUCACCUCCCAAACCAGCUGUGCAAUCAAAACCGAACCCUUGUUAUAAUCUAACGAAGCAGAGGUCUUUAUCUCCUUCUCCACAAACGAAACUCUCCAGUGCAUUUAAGGAUGCACGUAUCGAUCAGAAGCGAUUUUCGACUCCACAGCCUCAGAGAAAAGAACCUCUAAAAGAGAAGAGCAAAAGGCUGUUUAGUAAAAGAGCCAAGGUGCAGAAUUCCCUCAAGGAAGAGAAGUUAAAACGACCUUUGAGGCAUCUUGUCUCUUUUAAAGGCAACGAGAAGUUAAAAUUCAAGGACUCUUCUUGGAGUAAGCUUUUUGAGCACGGUGGAGGGAAGGUCACGGCUGUUGAAGCUGUAGACGAAUUGUCGAUCGACCUGUCUAAGUUGAUGUUUGGACAUAGAUUUGCUUUUGGAGCUCACAGUCGACUUUACCACGGAAUUUAUGAAGAUAAAGUUGUUGCUGCUAAGAUGAUCAAUCUACCAGCCAAUGAUGAAAAUGGCGAUCUCGCAGGUCGCUUAGUAAAGCAAUUUGGUAGAGAAGUAACCCUUUUAUCUCGUCUUCACCAUCCCAAUGUUAUAAAGUUAGUAGCAGCUGUGAAAAAGCCACCUGUUUAUUGCAUCAUCACUGAGUAUCUACCUCAGGGUUCCUUGAGGGCAUAUCUUCACAAACUAGAGAAAAAAUCUCUCCCAUUGCAAAAACAAAUUGCCAUUGCCUUAGACAUUGCUCGUGGGAUGGAAUACAUUCACUCGCAAGGUGUCAUUCAUCGGGAUCUCAAACCUGAAAACAUUCUUAUUGAUGAAAACUUCUGUCUAAAGAUUGCCGAUUUCGGCAUUGCUUGUGAGGAGGCACAUUGUGAUACACUGGCCGAGGACCCUGGAACUUUCCGUUGGAUGGCCCCGGAAAUGAUCAAACGCAAACCCUAUGGAAGAAAGGUUGAUAUCUACAGCUUUGGACUAAUCUUAUGGGAAUUGGUAGCUGGAAAAAUCCCUUAUGAGGAUAUGACUCCAAUCCAAGCAGCUUUUGCAGUUGUAGAUAAGAAUAUUAGACCGGUCAUACCGAGCGAGUGUCCUUCAGUGAUACGGGCGUUAAUCGAGCAAUGCUGGUGUGAGAAACCAGAAAAGAGGUUGGAGUUUUGGCAGGUGGUGAAAGUGUUGGAGCAAAUUGAGAGUUGUAUUGGGGGAGAUGGUACAUUGAUGAUGAGUGUAGAGUUACAGGGGAAGGCAAGUUGGGAAGAUCACAAGAAAGGUUUAAAGCAUUGGAUACAGAAGCUUGGUCCUCUUAAUUCUCAUAAUUCUCUCAACUCCUCUAGAGCUAAAUUCAUAUGAUUCUUUCUUUGCCCUUUUUCCCUCUUUUCUUGUUGAAAAUAUCACAUUCACUUCCCAGGUUCAAUGUAGAUAAAAAGAAAGAAAAAGGAAAAUAAAAAAGAAACACUUUUUGCAGUU